GUGAAGAUAUGGACUAAAGAAGGACUUUUGGUUUAAUGCAAUUACAUUGGCGCUGUCUGUGGGAAUCCGAACUAAAAGCUCUUUUGUUGCUUUCUCACCAUGGUCAACACUAGAUCUAUCCGAGCUGGAAAUCAGGCUCAACCUCUUGGACAAGAAGGAGGAGAUGAAAACCAACCUCACAACUUAGCCCAUAACUCAACUUCCAUUCCCAAUCAAGGAGAUGUAGUCACAACUCAGCUUGCUGCCAUGCAACAGCAAUUUGGUGGUCAGUCUCAUGUAGCCCCAGUUCAACAACCUCUACUUGAUGAUGUCACACGACGUUUGGACAGCUUAGAAAAACUGGUAGCCGAGCAACGAGGUGCCCCACCUCCACACCAUAACACUAAUUACAUACCUCAUCCUCUGAACACUAAUAUUACAUUGGAACCUUAUCCUAUUGGUUUCAAAAUACCUCAGCUCGAGACAUAUGAUGGAACGAAGGAUCCAGAUGAUCACCUUCAUGCCUUCUACUCUUGUAUGCAAGCUCAGAAUGCUUCUGAUGCUUUGAUGUGCAAAAUUUUUCCCUCCACUCUUCGUGGUAAUGCUCGAACCUGGUCGCAGAUAUUCAUGCAGAUCAAGAAUAAGAUGGAUUUGAGGCAACUAGGGCUGAUGAGAAGUUCUGCUGCUACACGUGAUCAUACUAGAUACUGUGAUUUCCAUCAAGAUUACGGUCAUACAACGGAGCAAUGUAAUAGUCUAAGGUACGAUGGCCCCAUAUAUGGAUUCAAUAACCAACCUGUUCAGGUAGAAGGAGUUCUUACUCUCAAUGUUGCUUUUGGAAGCGGUCGAACUUAUGUUACCCCUUCAGUUUGCAGACAUGCCAGGAAUUCCAACCUUGGUAUCUCAGCACAAGCUCAGCAUCAAUCCAUUAAAGAAACCAAUAGCCUAGAAGCGAUGUCUCUUUGGGGGGGAGAGGCUUCAGGUUACCACCAAGUGCCGAUGGCCUUGGAGGAUGAAGAGAAAACCUCGUUCUAUGCAGGUGAUGAAAUUUACUGCUAUGUCAUGAUGCCCUUUGGCUUAAAGAACGUAGCUGAUCUUGAUGAAACAUUCAACAACCUCAGAAAGAACAGAAUGCGGUUAAAUCCAGCAAAAUGCAUCUUUGGUGUGGAGUCUGGGAAAUUUUUGGGCUUCAUGGUUUCCCGGAGGGGGAUAAAAGUUAACCCAAAAAAGAUCAAAGCAAUAGUCAAGAUGGAACUGCUGAAGUUGGUGAAAGAUAUACAGAGAUUAACUGAAAAGGUGGCAGCUCUUCAUAGAUUCAUAUCGAAGCCAGUAGAUAAGUGCCUACCAUUCUUUAAGAUCAUGAGGUCAGCAGCACAAAAAGAUGAAUUUGGCAAACAGAAGAAGUUUGAAUGGAACUUAGAAUGCCAAGCUGCAUUCGAUGAGCUGAAAUCUUAUCUUAGCUCAUUUCCUCUACUAACAAAAGCUAUAGAUGGAGAAAUCCUUUAUUUGUAUCUCGAUAUUUUUGAUGAAGCAAUCAGUUCAGUGCUAGUGAGAGAAGAAGGCAAACAGCAGAAACCAAUUUAUUAUACUAGCAGCGUGCUACACGGAGUAGAGUUGAGAUACCCUAUUACUAAGAAAGCAACGCUGGCAGUUGUUACUUCGGCCAGAAAAUCGAGGCCAUAUUUCCAAUCGCAUCCAAUCAUAGUCUUCACGGACCAACCUUUUCGACAAAUCCUUCAAAAGCUGGAGUGCUAGGGAAGGUUAAUUAAAUGGGCAGUAAAAC